AUGCCCGGCCCCGCCCCAUCUCGGGACCGGCGCCGUAACCGACACGCGCCCGCGUACACGCAUGCGCAGCUCUCGCACUGGCGUGCCACGGCCGAGCACCUCUACCCGCCUCUUCCGCCCGUCGCCGCAGGCUGCAAGCCCUACCCGCUACUUAGCGUCUGCAUCUGCGCUUCUGGCUCUUCGCGGGUUUCCUGCGUCCGGUCGUUAUCCGGUCAACAGCGACCCUCUACCCGAAGUGGCUGCGGCGGCCUUAGUAAACGUCCGUCUGCGACGCCGGUGCCUCGGCGCUACUUCCGCUUCGCAGAUGUUCGGUCCGCUCAGGCCUCCAGCCACGGGAGCUCGUUCCUGCCGCAGGGUGUCCUAAGAUCCCCUGAAAGCUCUUCCAAUUUCUAUCAAUUAAGAACUGCAUUCCCAGUGGACUCUGGAGACGAAACGCAGAAAUGGCACCUUGAAAGGGGAAGGAAAAAGAAGGAAGAACAGGUCAUAAGCCUCGGACCUCAGGUGGCUGAACGAGAGAAUGUAUUUGGUGUGUGCCACAUCUUUGUGUCCUUCAAUGACACCUUUGUUCAUGUCAGUCAUCUUUCUGGCAAGGAAACCAUCUGCCGAGUGACUGGUGGGAUGAAGGUGAAGGCUGACCAGGACGAAUCCUCACCAUGUGCUGCCAUGUUGGCUGCGCAGGAUGUGGCCCAGAGGUGCAAGGAACUGAGCAUCACUGUCCUGCUCUGGGCCCACAUCAAACUCUGGGCCACCGGAGGAAACAGGACCACGACCCCUGCACCUGGGGCCCAGUCAGCCCUCGGAGCCCCGGCCCUGGGGUGAAUUGAGGAUGUUACCCUCAUUCCCUCCGACAGCACCCGCAGGAAGGGGGGUGGCCGUGGUCGCCAUCUGUGA